CUCGAGACGUGGAGCGACGUCCCUGAUAGGUAUAAGAGCGAGAUAAGUCUUCCCAACAGCCACGCAGGCACCCACGGGAGGAAGUCUGCCGAGUUGUAGACCAUAAUACCGGGUAAAGUCGACAUGAGACGCAUGCAUCAUGGACGAAUUCCUAAACGAAGCACUGUUCGAUCCACGACUUGAAAUGGACCGUGCAGACAUCGACUGGUCCGAGAACGAGGGCGAACGCGCUAGGGAUGGAAUAAUGGACCGUGAAGGCGCUGAAUAUGGCGAUCUUCUUCCAAAGGCGUUUGAUCCUGAGUCUGAUACGCAGCCUAGUGCGAGGCCUGGUACGGAGCCUGAUAUGGAGCCUGGUACUAAGCCCCAUAUGGGACCCGGCGCCGAUCCUGGUAAAGAGCCAGAUCCUGGGCCAGAUCUUCCAGCGAUGCUGAGGCGAAAUGGUGCUGGCCGUGCUGAAUUUGAGCUGGUUGUGCUGGCUGUGCUGAUUCCGGGCUGGAAGUGA